AUGGCGUGGGACCAUCUCUCUAUCAACAAGCCGCACUUGGUGUAUAUAAUCCUGGGCGGUUUUACCACCUUGUUCAUGUUAUGCUCCUCAGUGAUUAAGGAGCGUCUGUACAUUGGUGAAGCAACGGUCGCGACAUUGUGUGGCAUCAUCUUUGGCCCACACGCUGCGAAUCUGAUCGAUCCAGGAACAUGGGGCAACGUCGACUUUAUCACCCUCGAGUUCUCGCGCAUAGUCCUGGUCGUGCAAUGUUUCGCUGUUGGCGUCGAAUUGCCUAAGGCAUACAUGGAGAAGCACUGGAGAUCUGUCAUUCUGCUCUUGAUCCCGGUCAUGACUUUUGGCUGGCUGAUGACAAGCUUGUUCAUUUGGGGUCUUUUCAACUCUCAUGUGAACUGGCUUGACAGCCUUUGCAUUGCUGCUUGCGUUACUGCGACCGAUCCCGUCUUAGCUUCGUCCGUUGUCGGAAAGGGUAAGUUCGCGAAGCGCGUACCCAAGCAUUUGCGAGACUUGCUUUCUGCCGAAUCUGGCUGUAACGAUGGCAUGGCCUUUCCAUUUGUGUAUCUGGCUAUUUACUUGAUUCGCUACCGCCCGGAUGCGAGCAAGGUGGCUUACCACUGGAUCUGUUUUACUAUUCUCUACGAAUGCGUGUUCGGCGCUCUCUAUGGGGUUAUUGUCGGCUACAUCGCCCGUCGUCUCAUCCGAUACGCUCACGAAAAGGACCUGAUCGAUCGAGAGAGUUUCCUCGUGUUCUACUUCGUAUUGGCCUUGUGGUGCGCUGGUUCAGGUGCAUUACUAGGCUUGGAUGACUUACUAGUGGGCUUUGCCUGCGGCGUAGGGUUUUCGAAUGACGGAUGGUUCCUCGAAAAGACAGAAGAGUCGCACGUCUCCAACGUUAUCGAUUUACUCAUCAACUUGGCCUUCUUCGUGUAUUUCGGCACCAUCAUUCCUUGGGCACAGUUCAACGAGCCAGAGCUUCUAGGCCUCAGCCCAUGGCGUUUGGUUGUCUUGGGACUGCUAGUUUUGUUCUUCCGCCGAAUUCCUAUCAUGCUUAUGCUAAAACCGGUCAUUCCAGACAUAAAAACCUGGCGAGAGGCCUCGUUCGCUGGCCAUUUUGGACCUAUUGGAGUUGGUGGUCUCUUCGUUGCUAUCCUUGCGAGAGCGGAGCUGGAGACCGAUACUACAACACCCUUGGCCCAACUUCCAGAACCCGGGUUCGAACAUCUCAAUAUCAUUGAGCUCAUCUGGCCUAUCACGUGUUUCUUGGUCAUUGUCAGUAUUAUCGUUCACGGAAGUUCCAUUGCAGUCUUCACCUUGGGUAAGCGCAUCAAUACACUCACAAUCUCGAUGUCUUAUACACAAGCCACUGAGGAUGGCCCGAGCUGGAUGGAUCGUCUCCCUCGCAUUCAGUCUCGAUCAAAGUCACAGAUGUCUGGUCGUCGAUUCUCGGAAUCGUCGAUGGAUGAGAAGAACGGAGACUCUCGCGAGACAGGUCCAGGCCUACUUCCACCACCAGGCUAUAACGGCAAUAAUUUUUUGCGUCGACAAAAAGAGGAGGAGAACCCAAGCCGAUCAGGAUCUGUACGUCCAACAUCUCGCUCACGGAAGUCGAAAUGGGAGUCUGGUCUCGGUCCAGGCGGUCCCGUCUCACAGUCUGCUAUUCACCCCAACAGGCGUGAUGAGGAGAAGGCCGAGGCCAUAUCGCCAGAAGAUGACACUGACACGUUCGAUGACAAGAUGGCUGUUUCAAGCGAGAGUUCAUCCAGCGACAAGGGCAAACUAAAGGAUAUUCGGGGUGAGGAGGAGAUUUACCAGGAGGGCCAUGAGACUGUUAUCGAAGAUAUGGAGGGCAAUGUUCUUGGUGUCAGAGACGGUCACGGCGAGCAUGGAGCGCAACGGCGCGAAUCGGACAUCAGGGAGGCACGAAGACUGAUGAAGGAAGACCACGUUGAGCAUGGCGUUGCUCAGACGGAGCACGAGGGCAGAUUCGAAGCAGCACCUGGGAAGGUCGUGGAUGCUUUUGAACACCCCCAGAAGACAUGGCGAAAACGGAUGCAGAGCUUCACAGGCCACCAUCACGACAACGAAGAUUUGUCCGAAAGGCUGAAGGCAGAGAAGCCUGAGCGUAAGCGCGGUCCAGCUCUUGCCUACCAAUUCGGCAACACCAUCAUCGUCGAGGAUGAAGACGGAGAGGUGCUGAAGAAGUAUGACAUCCCCGCCAAGCCAAAGGAGCAGCGACCAGGAGCUGCCCGGGGGUCUUCAAUGAUCGAGACGUCUGGUCGCGCCAUGCAAAGUUUGAAGAGGAUGGGUACACACAUGGGUAUCCCGACUCAUCACGAGGCAGGCCCUUCUGGCGCUGAAGGUACCGAGAAGAAGAAGCAGAAGGACACUGAUGCCGACGAUGACGACGAAAAUCUACGUUUCACCCUGACUGCCGGCGGCCGCAGGAUGAGCAAGACCGAGUUCAUUCAGCAGAUGAGUCAAUUGAAUCCGAGGGAACGUGCCAAGAUGUUGCAAGAAAGCAAUGUCCCCGAGUCUGUUAAGCAGGAGGCCCAUCAAGAUGCAAAGGACCACCACCGUCGGACCCAAGCUGCAGCUGUGGCUAACAUUCCUACUGUUAUAGGCGAAGAGGGCGAGGCUGAGCUGCACAAGAUCGAGUCUCCUGUGGCACAGAACGAAGGCCAGCCACGUGGCCCUGAAGGACUCACCCUGAUCGACAGCAACGAAGAGCAUGUGCCUUUCCACUCUGUACGACAGACUCUGGCGGAGCACACAGAGGGCGAAGCGCACGAGACUGCAGCGCAACGCCGACGUCGCCUUGCUGGGGAACAGUCUCAGGGAAGCUCACGAACGAUGAGGGAUGAAAAAGCAGAGAGUGACGAUGAGACCCCUGCCGAGCGUCGUCGUCGACUUGGUGCACUGAAGGGAUCUACGUCUCCAUCAGCCAGCCAAGCCCGUCGUCCGAUGUCGCCUAGCCAACAGGCUUCAGCUUCUAACGGUGGAUUCGAAGGCGAAACAGCAGCCGAGCGCAAGCGUCGUCUCGGUGCUCUGGGUGUCGGAGGAGAGGAUUCCCCAGAGUCCGAGUCCGAAGGCGAGCCCGAGACCGGUGAUCCAAUGGAGACUGGCCGUGGCACGCACUCGCAGGCGACAAAGCAGGGUCUCGCACCUCCUCGGGCUCCGGGAAUUCGAUUUGCCGAUCAACCUCGCAUUCCUACGAAGGAUGAGCGAGCUGUCGAAGACGCAAGACAGAAAGAGGAGGCUGACACUUUGAAGAAGAGCAAGCUCAGCGGCUUCCCGUGGGCCAGGAAGCAGUAG